UAUUGAUUACCCUGUACAUGAAGCACAAUUCUAACAUAACCUCAUUGUUUUCGGUGUUUAUAGCAUGUAAAUAAACAAAGCAAUUAUAAUUAAAUACGCAAUGAAGCUGUACUGCUUAAGCAACGAUCCGAACAAACCAUGCCACAUCUUAACAUUCCGAGAAAUCACUUUGAUGCUCGACUGCGGCUUGUCCAUGCAAUCUGUAUUGAAUUUUUUACCUUUAUCCUACGUCUACUCAAAUCGCUUACACAAUCUACCCGUAUGGAUGCCAAACGACGGUGGUGAUACUGACGUCGAGGGGGAGCUACGGGAGAAUGGGGACCGUAUAUUUAUCGAUUCGCUUCCGGAAUUUUGUCCGCCGUUAGACAAGCUAAUCGAUUUUGCCCAAGUUGACGUUAUCCUGAUUUCGAAUUACCUCUGCAUGAUGGCUUUACCUUUUAUAACGGAAGGUACCGGUUUUCAAGGGAAGGUGUAUGCCACUGAGCCCACCUUGCAAAUUGGGCGGCUACUGUUAGAAGAAUUGGUGACGCACAUCGAGCAAUGUCCCAAGGCUAACUUUGCAUCACAGUGGAAAAAUAUUGUUCACAAACUUCCCUAUCCUUUAAACGAGUCGUUUAAGCCGAAAUCGUGGAGGCAGAUUUACAACAUGGCAAACGUCAACGAAAGUCUCUCGCGUAUUCAAAUGGUGGGGUACAACGAGAAAAUUGACAUCUACGGCGCAUUGCAAGUUUUGCCCACCAGUUCCGGCUACAAUUUGGGCUCCAGUAAUUGGAUAAUCACGUCGGAUCACGAAAAAGUCGUCUACCUCAGCGGAUCCAGCACACUAACGACCCAUCCGAGACCUAUGGAUCAUCACGCGCUAAAAAAUGCGGAUGUGUUAAUUAUGACAGAUCUAACACAAACUCCCAUUAGUAACCCGGACUCGAUGCUCGGACUGCUCUGCGUGGUCGUCAGUCUCACUUUGAGGGGUGGAGGUAACGCGUUAAUACCGUGCUAUCCGUCUGGUGUGAUUUAUGAUUUGUUCGAGUGUCUGUCGAUCAAAAUGCAAGAUUUGGGAGUGCAAAAUUGCCCGAUGUUUUUUAUUUCGCCCGUUGCCGAUAUGUCGCUCGCGUAUUCGAACAUUUUGGCCGAGUGGCUGUCGUCGGCCAAACAAAAUCGGGUCUAUGUACCCGACGAGCCAUUUCCUCACGCAUUGCUGCUGAAGAAUUCCAAACUGAAACAUUUUAAGCAUAUCUAUUCCGAAGGUUUCAGUACAGAUUUUCAGGAGCCUUGUGUAGUUUUUUGCGGUCAUCCGAGUCUACGCUUCGGCGACGUUGUCCAAUUCAUCGAAUUAUGGGGAAACAAUCCACGCAAUUGCAUCGUCUUCACAGAACCCGACUUCGAUUACAUCGAGGCGCUUGCGCCCUUCCAACCUAUCCAAAUGAAGGUCGCCCAUUGCGCGAUCGACACCUCCCUCAACUUCACCCAGGCGAACAAGUUAAUCAAGGACCUCAAGCCGACGACCUUGGUCGUGCCCGAGUGCUACACGCAGCCGCCCGUGUCGGCGCCGACGCUAACGGAACUGGUGAUCGAGAACAACUCCGAUAGGACCCUUAUACCGUACAAGUGGGGCGAAGUGAUCAACCUACCGCUGAAACGAAAACAGGGGCAAAUUAUUAUGGAGACCGAGGUGGCGCAGAAGAUCAAUCCGAUUGAAGUCAAAACGGGUAUCAGCCUAUCUGCUUUGAGCGGAGCACUCACCAUUAAAGACAACGUGCAUAACAUGACGAGUUUUGACGCAGGGGGCGAGAAUAAAUUACAAAAGGGGACACAUUACGAAUGGGGUUUGGUAAAUGUGACUGAGUUUCUGCAAAAGUUAGCGCAGGAAGGCAUUAUCGAUGCCAAAGUUGAGCCAAGCGGAAAUGGCGUUAUGAUACAUUUGCAAGACGAAGAUGCACUCAUUCAAAUCGAGGACAGUUGCACACACGUGCUAUGCAACAGUGAUGAACUUAGGUUACGUUUAAGGAAUAUACUUAUGCAGUGCCUAAAACAGUUUUAAUGAGCAGUCGAAGAAAACAGUAUUUUUUCUCCAAGGCCUUUUUGCAAUUGAUCCAUUCCCCGCUACGUCAGUCAUCAUGCGCCGUUUUUUAUUAUUGUUUUACCGUGACGUCAUUUUCUUUCAGUUUGUUUGACCGUUGUGAAAAUGUUUGCUUAAAAAGUCGUUGAAAUAUUCGAAAAGAGGGAAAAAGCAAAAAGAAAUUUGAUUUGGCUCAAAGGACCAACAUCAUUGUAUGGCUGAUUUAAACGAUAAUAGGAAGAUAAACACGCUCUUAUCGUGUGUUAGGAAGAUAACUUUGUAGUGGCAACCCAAACGUUUCACAGUAGCAACCAUGGAGAAAUGGGAGGGAAAACUUGCAAUAGUCACAGGAACUUCCUCUGGCAUCGGCCGGGGUAUUGCAAUUAAAUUGGUGGAGGCUGGAGUGCGUGUCGUCGGUAUUGCCAGACGCGAAGAUCUCGGUCGAGAGCUUGAGCUGGCUUUGGAUGGGAAAAGGGGUAGAUUCUAUCAUCUAACCGCCGAUAUUACCAAGGAGGGCGAGGUGUUCAACGCGUUCAAAUGGAUCGAAGAUAACUUGGGAGUGGCUCACGUUUUGGUAAAUAACGCGGGUACGACGCGCGAAACUACACUUAUCGAUGGGAAGACGACGUGUUGGAAAGAUAUUUUGGACAUUAAUAUUUUGGGUUUAUCCAUGAUGACAAGAGAAGCUGUAAAAUCGAUGCGAGCGAACAAUAUACCUGGCGAAAUCAUACAUAUAGGAAGCUUGGGAGGUUGCAUAACAUCAUCCCCUGUGAAGGGAUUACGAAUGUAUUGUGCCAGCAAGCAUGCGGUACGAUCUUUGACGGAAGGGUUGCGACAAGAACUGCUCGAAGUCGGUAGCGAAAUUAAAAUAUCGUGCAUCAACCCUGGAAUAGUUGAACACACCGAACUUGUUCAGUACAAUGAAGCGUUAAAGGAGUUCAUACCCUUACUCGAACAGUCAUUGAAACCUGAAGACAUCGGAGAUAUGGUUUUGUUUGUGCUUUCGAGACCGCCUCAUGUUCAGAUUCACGACAUUGUCCUUAGACCAACCGGUGAAAUAAUUUAGUUAAAGAAGUCGACUGGAAUACUCCAUUUAAUUUCUUUAAAUAAAUUAAAACAAUUAAACCCCAAUUACAACUAA